UCCGUUUUUAAUGUGGUAUCGAUCAUAUGCAAUCGCCGGACACCCCCUCAUAGAGAUCCUAAAUGUCGACCGGCAGCAUUUGAUAUCAUGACUACUGCUGGUGUUUAUCGCCUGGUUAUCAUGGAUUUCAUGAACCUUGGAAUCAAGUUUCUCUACGACUCUGGCUCAAUAUUGGCUUCAUCAUGUCGACUGGUGAGACAUUACAUGAAUGUGGAAGAGGGCAACAGGAUUGUCACUGCAUGGUACAGGUGA